AUGUUAGUCGAGGUGGUUGCCAUUGUGGGCUCACAUUCCUUCGCCGACCUUCACAAAAUCAAAGUGUGUUGCAAAGAUUUUCUUGAUGCUGCGGAAGAUAGCUAUGUAUGGCGAAGAGUUUCUUUGAAUAUGUUUCCAUUAAUUCAGUGGUUACCCAAUGAUAAAGCAUCAUGGUUCUUGAAUCGUUGCAAAGAAUGUGAAAAUGUGGAGAGCAUCUAUAGAGAAGGGUUGAGAAAAUAUUUUAUUUCUCCAAAUGGGAAGAUUGAUGGUCUUGACAUGUUGAAGGUGGCUGCUCAAAAGAAUCAUAAGGAAGCAAAAUAUAUGUGUGGUAUGAUUUUAUUAUGCUCUAAAGAUGAUGAGUUAAGAAAACAAGGACUCGAGCAUAUGCGUUUUCUGAGAAAGUCUAAAUGUGUUGUAAGCUGUAGAAAUAAAGUGAAACAAUUAUUGAUCGGCUUUAUAUGGAGAAAUAAUUCAAUAUUGGUGCGCAAUUUGAGCCCUCUAUGCAACUUCAAGAGCACGUGUAAAGGGUGGAAAGUGAAGACAAGUAGCUGGAUUUUAGUAGAUGAUGAUGAUGAUGACGAUGAUAUUAAUUUAUGUGAACACUGUAGAUGGGAUCAUGAGUUAGAAUUUUCUUACAAGUUGUUCAAUGGUCAUUAG